AUGGACUAUUACUCAAACAUAAUCCAGGGAGUUCCCGCAGGCAUUUUAGGAGUCUUGGGAGUCAUGGGUGUAUUUAAACUAUUCUUCUCCCAAGGGAAUUGCCAACGCCCGAUUUGUGAUGAAUUUCCACGUUUUAAGGAACUACCACCGUGGAUACGGAGAAAGAUCUGGCGCCAUUACUUUCUUGAUACUCCCAAGACGAUGUGUAUGUUUCUCGAGAGGUCGUCGUCCUUAAGCGGCGACUAUUUCCCCACAACUCAGCAAGAAAUGCCCAAAAGAACGAUAGUUGGCUCGACCCUCUUUCUCUCCCCGGGCUCCCAUAGAUUCUGGGACAAGCCGACUUCAGCCAUCAGUAUCGAGGCGUACCACGUGGCGGCGCAGUUGGGCUGGCGAGCGCCUCGCGAGGUGAGCAUCACGGAAGCCUAUAACAUCUUAAAGCUCCCGGAUCCAAGAGAAUAUCUUCUAUCACGCGGCUACAGCCAAUCGGAAAUUGAUGAAGAGAUCGUUAGAGAAUUCCGUGAGGCACGCAGGAGAUAG